AUGGAGGUAUCGGAAUCCACCGUGCAGAACAUACAGAAAUUCGCCAAUGAUCGUGCAGCCGUAGAGAAGGAGUCCACCGAGGAGCCUCUUAGCGCAACGGCCCUGCAUGUCUACACCCGACGACUGGACAGCACUCUACGGGAGCUGCAGGAGCAAGUACGGCUCCAAGAAGAGGAGUUGAAAAAGCUUCGGGAACGUCGAUCCUUUGAUCUGCUAGAUGCAGACAAUGACCCCUGGGCACGUGUGUGCAAUGCUCGACGAGCAAGGAAAGCCUAUGAAUCACUCCUCAAAGCGGAGGAAGACCUUCCAGGAACAGACUCUGUCCUUCCAUCCCUCAUGGCCAUCGAGGAAACCUCUCGUCUAAUCAAAGACGGCAAAAAAGCUAUCUCAACAACGGCAGAAUCACUGUCCAAAGAUCGAGAUCGUCUAAAUCUAGAAGAAGCUAAUCUUCGAGACUCGCGUGCAAUCUCAAGUGGCUUACAAGAGCGACUACAACGCAUUCGAAAUGCCAAUGCACAAAGGCAAGAGCAAACUCCCUCUGAAGUGGCUGCUCAAACGAUCCGUGAUCAAAGGAGGAAGAAAAAACAGCUCGACCGCGCGUUGGGGGAGAUCAAAGGGUCUCUGGACAGCUUUAUCGAUGAAACCCUGGCACCGAUGUUAGCAGCAGAGGAUCUUGGUGGCCCGACUGUGGGGGAUGCCUUGGAGAUCUCGGAUGCCACUCUCAAUGCAGGCUAUACAGCUCAUGGAAAGCCUAAAAAGCCAAAGCAAUCCAGUGAAGCGGAGGACGGCCAGCAGCGCAUUGACCUGUUCCUACGUCAGAGCGGCGGUGCCAAAAACAAACGAGAGGCGGCCGCUACAGAAAUCCACGAGCUGCUUGAUUCGCUCUUAGAGGCGGGGAAUUCUUAUGUUGCAUUAGAGCGAGACUCGGCAGUGUCACGAUUCCUAGUGAGAGCGAAGGUAGCUCAGUUCCAUCCUCGAGAUGCCCGGCGUCUACGAUUGAUAGAUUUUGGUCGCUCUCUUGUUGUCUAG